ACUUUCCCGCCCCUACGUCGCCCUGCGCCCCGCGUGCGGCGGGACGUUGCGCGGCCGCCGUCCGCCGACGUUCAGCGGAGCCCGAGAGGUGACGUUGCACUCCAGCCGGGGGCGGGGACAGAGCGAGACGCCGCGGAGCUGAGCGGGCAGCUCCCAGCGACUCCGUCCUGCCCUCAGCCGCAGCGGGCGGCCCGGCUGCGGGUCCCGGCUGUGCCCCUGCGGGCCCGGCAGCGGGAGAUGCGCUCGGCUUGAGCAGCCGCCCCGCGCUCGGUUUCGGCCCCUCCAGGGUGGGAGCGGCGAUGGCUGCGCGGAGCUGGCAGGAGGCGCUGGCCCAGCAGGCCGAGGAGGCGUCGGCCCGGGUGCGGGACGCGCUGUCGGUCGGGCUGGGCCUGCUGCGCACAGAGCUGGGUCUGGAGCUGGGCCUCGAGCCGCAGGGCCUCCCGAGCUGGCUCGUGCUGCUCACCACAGCCGCCCUGGGGCUGCUGCUGCUGCUGGGGCUGUUCUGGGCUGUGGUUUGCGCAACGGGCUCCCGCAGGAAGCAGCCCCGGAGCCUGGCUGGCCGGGAAGAAGAUGACGAGGCGGCAGCCCUGGGCCUGACAGGCGGCGGCGUCCCCAACAAGGCGGCUCCGGCCGCGCUGCUGCUGAAGGCUGAGGAGCAGAAGAAACGGAACAAGAAGAGACUUGUGGAGAAAGGGGCGGCCAGGCCUAAUGGACGGCCUGUUCUUGAAGUGUCUGAGGAUGAAAUAAUUCAGACGGCUCGAAGAGAAAAUCCAAAGCAGCCACUGGAUGCAGAAAAGAAAAACGAGAAGUCAAAAAAGAAUAAAAAGAAAUCAAAGGGAGAUGCUAAAACAGUUCAGGACCUGUCACGUCUGAGUGGUAAGAAGCAGAUGAAGGGAGCUUGGGAAAUAAAAUCAGAACGUGAGAAAAGGCAGCAGGUAAGCGUGACAAGGUGACUGACUGAUGCUGGGUCCAAUAGAAACCAAAUCCGGGGAGGGAAAAAAGUUACAGUAGUGAAAAAAAUACCUACUCUAUCUUUUCCACUUGGUCCCAGAAAAAAUAAAGGUGAUACAAUUCUGAAUGUUCAAGUUAGCAGCUCUAAAUCUGCAAAGGGAGAUUCAACAAUUCAGCAAGUUUCUUCAGGGUUGAAUGAAAGCCCUACUGUAAAUGGAGGAAAUUGGAAUGAGAAGUCUGGAAAAAUCUCCUCAGAGAUCAGUGCAGGUGAGGAGAAAUGGACAUCUGUUCCAUCAACUACAGCAGGGAAGAGGAAGACUGAGACAUCUGCUUGGGGUCAGGACACUGGAGAUGCUAGUGGAAAUGGAAAAGACUGGAGUGUAUCCCUUGUGAGCAGGUCCUGGGGAGAGCGUACUUUGUUCCCUAGCAUUGCUGCCUGGAAUGUAGAUGGAAGGAUCAAGGCCUCUGAACAAAAUUCUGCUUCUUUCACUUCCUUAGGACUAAAUCCUGCAAUUUCUGGAUCCAGCAAUGAACCAGUUACUCAGCCUGGUACUUCUGAUUUUCAGUGGGAUUUAAGCCGCAGUCAGCCCCAUGUUGAUGAUGAAUGGUCUGGGUUAAAUGGUCUUUCUUCUGCUGAUCCCAGCUCUGAUUGGAAUGCACCAGCAGAAGAGUGGGGGAACUGGGUAGAUGAAGAAAAGGCUUCUUCUAUUCCACAGCCUGAGGAACCAUUAUCUGAUAUUCAGAAGGCUUCAGAUGAUGAGAGAGAAAAAGCAGAGCCAACUCUCCAGAGCUGUACUAGUGGCAAAUCCAAAAAGAAGAAGAAGAAGAAAAAGAAGCAAAGUGAAGAAGCUAGCUCUCCUGCACAGGAUGCUGAAGACCUGGAUAGAGAGGUUGGAGAGGAAUUUCAGGAGGAUACUGCAAAAGCUCAACCACAACAGGAAAUCGCUUUUUCUUUGAAGACCAUAAGCACUAGUGAACCAGCUGAGCUUGAGGAGUCUCCUCCACUUGCUGUUUCUACUGAGCCAUCUGUAAUUGUAUCAGAGUGUGAUUCUGACAAGAUCUCUUCCCAAGUGCCACAGAUGUUACAAGAGACAGAUGUUUCCAGUCCCAAUAUUAAGCAAAACAGUGUGCCUCCUCCACAAACCAAGUCUGAAGAUAGCUGGGAGUCCCCAAAACAAGUUAAAAAGAAGAAAAAAGCAAGAAGGGAAACGUGAAUUUCCUGAGAUGGACGUGUGUUGAUGAAACGCUGUCAUGAAGAUUAUGCUGUUUAUGCAAUAAUUUGUGAACAUGUACAGAAUUUUAUAUAUUUCAACUGAUUUUUAAAACAAAACUGCUGUGAACACAACCAUCUUUAAAAAGGAAUCAAAGGAAAUUGUGAUAGAGAGAACAGCAGAAAAUGCUACAAUGCUGGAAGAUGCUUUGAAGAGUCCUUUUUUUUCCACUGUAAGGGAAAGAUCUUAAAAAAAUAAAAAACACCUGGUUUUACAACACAGUGCCCUGUUUACAACAGAUUAUGCCCUAUCUCAUCUGCAGCUGGGAAUAAAGUAUUGAUUUUUUUUUUAAGAAAGGGUUGUUUGUAAAAUAGUUGUCUAUAAAACAGGUGGUGUUUCUUGCAUCUUUUGAGUGAUGCAUAAGAAACUCAGAAUGCCUACCAUUCGAUUUUGCGUCAUGCCUAAAUCAAAGUGCUUUGAUUAAAUACAUAAUCUGCCAUAUUUUUACAAUAUGCUGGUUAGCCAAGCAUACUAACCAUUAAAGGAAUCACAAGUGCAAAUAAAAUAAUAAAUAAAAAUCCAUUUGUACAGUUCAACCUUCAUGGUUUAUUAUAAAAAGUUAAAGAAAAUAAAAAUUGGUGGGCUAAAAGGCUGAGAAUGUGAUUGCUGAAACUUGAGUAGGUUCAUGAAGUUAUUUUUGAUGGCCUCUAUUACAUUACUUGAAUUGUUCAAAGUAACAAUAUAUUUUAAUUAAAAAUGUGGCAAUGUGCAUAAAAUCACUUCUAUUGUUUUCUACUUUAUCCUUUAUAGUCUUUUUUUUUUUUUUUUUUGUUGGUUGGUAGUUUGACUCAUUUAAAACUCAUCCCUGAUCAUUUUUAAACUCUUAAAAUAAAAUUAAUUCAUAUUUUCCUUUCCCCUUAUUUUAUUAAUUUUCCCUUUGCUAAUUUUUUUUAAAGCAAGAUCAGCUGUUUUCAUUCACUAACAGUACAGGACUUUAAGGAUUUGGUGGAGAAUGAAAGAAUGGCUACAGACAGCUUUAAUUGACAUUGUCAAGACCACCAGUUAUCAGGAAUACAUUUUUUUUUUUUUACUGCCUUAACCUGUAGUAUGUAGAAUAUGCAUCUAGACUUCUUGAAGGGGUUAAUGUUUUUAUAAGAAAUUCCAUGCAAGUGUAGCAGUUGUAAAAUAAAGAAUGUUUCCCAAUUGAAACUGUUGAUUAAAAUGGUGUUUGAGAAUUGUCAUUAUUUUCAGGCACUGUAAUUGCAUCCUAUCAAACUGGCAGGUUUCUUUGUAUCUAUAAAUGUGCAUGCUCAGCCAUGUACACUGUAAAUAGCCUUUCCAAACUUUUGUUUGAUAAGGACCAUAAUUAACAUCACUUACUGAAUUCUGGUAAAGAGCCAUGAUUUAUUUCAUGUGACUGACUUUGUUGGUUUUUGUGUGGCAAAAAAAUGAAGCUGUAACCAAUGGUACUGAUCAGCCAUCCGAUAUUAUCUUAUACAGGACUGCAGUUUGAUAGUAUUUACUUGCAAGACAAGAAUAGCUAAAGAAACAAGCCGAUUUUAAUUGUACUGAAGACAUGCCUUACUAAUUGACAGACUUCCUAAUAAAUGAUACUAACUUAUACAGGUAUCAGUACCUAUGUCAAGAACAUGGCAAAUAUGUUUAUAUGUUCAGAAGUUUUGUUUAAUUCAAUGACAUUUCUAAGUUUGUUUAAAAUAAAUUGAGCAAAUUGAUAACAUUUUAUUUACUGGAAGGGAGUAACGGUUAAGCCUUGAUGCCUAUCUAGGAUUCCAUGUAAACUGAACUGAAAUACAGUUUUCCACAGGGAUUUUU